ACAGACAGAACGAGCUUCGAAGAAAAUGAGCAGUCAUUGCUCUAAAAUGCUAACGUGUCAGCGUUAAAGUUAGCUGCUAGCUCGCUAUUAGCGUUAGCUAAACUCUAGCUUGUCAAUGCUAGCAAGGUCAGGGUGGUACCUUUCCAUAGAACGAUUGUCGCUUUUGAACGCCACAUGACAGUCCCCAAAGACACAUGAUAUAAAAUGUUCCUCUGACUAGUAUAACUUAAUUUAAUGGAAUAUGUAGCAUAUCAUGUCUUUUGAUUAUGCUAUGGGUUAGCAAGGCCUAUAGAUGGGGAAUUAGCUCAAAUGGUAGAGCGCUCGCUUAGCAUGCGAGAGGUAGCGGGAUCGAUGCCCGCAUUCUCCAAAUUCCUUUUCACCUGGGAAAGUUUUAUUCUGUUUUCACAAUCCACAUUGACAACAAUAUGCAUACGCAUUCAGCUCAUUUUUUACUUGUUCUUCUUUACUGCUAACUUCGGUGAUGGGCUCGUGAAUAAAAAUUGUGUAAUAAUCGCUACUUUGUACCGUGAUGAUAAGACAAGUUAGCUUAAGUUAGCUAAAAUUAGCUGUGCUAAUGUUAGUUUAAGUUAGCUAACAUUAGCUGUGCUAAUUAACAAUUAGCACAUGAGCAAAUACGCAGUUACUGCAGGCCUUAGAGACGGUGAAAGUUGUUCAGUGCUACCUCAAACAUGUCCCCGUCUUGUUGUGGUUGACUAGUGCUGCUAAAAUACUUUUUAAUGAGUAUGGUCAUCGUCCCUUUGGUGCACGAAGUUUCUACUUUUAAGUUCCAACAGUUGUCGCGGGGAUGCCGCCCGCUAGCUAGCGCCUCUAACGGCUACCUAAAAUGUUAGCUACGUCAGCAGGCUAACAUUUCACAGGGCCAACAUUAGCUUACGUGUUAUCCUGCAGAACUGUUUACGUUUGUUAAAAACAUGAGUAUGGACAACUUGGAGAAGCAGCUGAUCUGUCCUAUAUGUCUGGAGAUGUUUACAAAGCCCGUGGUCAUCCUGCCGUGCCAACACAACCUCUGCAGAAAAUGUGCCAAUGAUAUUUUUCAGGCCUCUAAUCCGUACCUACCGACAAGAGCUGGCUCACUGACGUCCGGUGGCCGCUUCCGAUGCCCGUCCUGCAGACAUGAGGUGGUUCUUGACAGGCACGGUGUUUAUGGGCUGCAGAGGAACCUUCUGGUUGAGAAUAUCAUUGACAUGUUCAAACAGGAGUCCAGCAGCAGCAAGCCGGCGCCAGAGAGAAAGGAAGAGAUGCCCAUGUGUGACGUUCACGAGGACGAGAAGAUCAACAUUUACUGUGUCACCCACGGCGUGCCCACGUGCUCCAUGUGCAAGGUGUUCGGGGCACACAAAGACUGCGAGGUGGCGCCCAUCUCCAGCAUCUACCAGACAAAGAAGACGGAGCUGAGUGACGGAAUCGCCAUGAUGGUCGGGAACAACGACAGGAUGCAAGGCAUCAUUAGUCAGCUAGAAGAAGCCUGUCGUGCCAUAGAGGAAAAUGGCCGGAGGCAAAAAACUGUGGUGUGCGAGAAGUUCGACCAGUUGUACACCAUCCUGGAGGAGAAGAAGAGGCAGAUGAGUCAGAAGGUGACGGCCGAACAGGAAGAGAAAGUGAACUACAUCCGGGGCCUUACCAAGAAGUACGGGGACCAUCUGGAGGAGAGCUGUAAGAUUGUUGAGCAGGGGAUCCAGACUAUGGAGGAGCCAGAAAUGGCUUUGUUUCUACAGAACACAAAGCCUCUCCUCAAGAAGAUUGCAGACGCAUCCAGCACAGCACACUUGGACAAAGUUGAGCGCAGCUAUGAGAAUAUGGAUCAUUACAACGUAGAGUUCAAGAAAGAGGGGAGAGCCCUGCGCAGCAUUGACUUCAUCCAAGAUGAAGAGGAUGAAGAAGAAGAUGAUGUGGAUGGAGAAGCAGGCGCUGAGGAAGGAGAGGGGGCCCAGACUGUUUCAGGAGGCAAUGCUGUCACAGCAGCCUCCGUCCAACCUCCUGCACCCCAGCAGACAAACUCCCCCCCGAGUGCAGCCAAGAGCGCUGCUUCAACCUAG